CUGUCUGUCUGUAGAGCAUCUUCCAUGCGUCUACCUGUGUCUCAUUCCCACAUCAACAUGAACUGUGAGCAGGACUUUGAAGAGGGGGGCAUGAACGUCACCCUCACGCUACGGCUCCUCAUGCACGGAAAGGAAGUCGGCAGCAUCAUUGGAAAGAAAGGAGAGACAGUGAAGAGAAUACGAGAAGAGAGCAGCGCCCGUGUCAACAUUUCAGAGGGCUCGUGUCCAGAGAGGAUCAUCACCAUUACAGGACCUACAGACUGUGUCUUCAGGGCCUUCACGAUGAUCACUCUCAAACUGGAAGAGGACCUUUCAACUCUGGUAGCCAAUGGCACGGUCACCAGCAAGCCUCCCGUCACCCUACGAUUGGUCAUUCCUGCCAGCCAAUGUGGCUCUCUCAUCGGGAAGGGCGGCUCCAAGAUCAAGGAGAUCAGAGAGACCACCGGGGCACAAGUACAGGUAGCUGGGGACCUUCUGCCCAACUCCACCGAGAGAGGAGUGACGAUAUCUGGAACCCAAGACGCCGUCAUCCAGUGUGUUAAACUCAUCUGCACUGUCAUUCUCGAGUCACCUCCGAAAGGAGCCACUAUUCCGUAUCGACCCGGCCCCUCCCCAGGAACAGUCAUGAUCGCCGGCAACCAGGUGUUUGAGACAUCUGAGUACGGAUCACAUCCUCUCUUCCAUGUGUCCCAGGGAGGGCUGGAUUUACAACAAAUGUACGCUGUACAGAACCAAUAUGGCAUUCCACAUUCAGAGUUGGCCAAGCUUCACCAGUUGUCGAUGCAACAGCAAGGCCUGGCCGCCCAGAUGAGCCAGCAGCAAGGCCUGGCCGCCCAGAUGAGCCAGCAGCAAGGCCUGGCCGCCCAGAUGAGCCAGCAUCAAGCCAACUCUGUCAUGCCUGCAGGAAUGGAAUCCAAUUCCCAGACCACAUCUCAGGAACUGCUCAUUCCUAAUGACCUCAUCGGCUCCAUCAUCGGGCGUCAGGGAACCAAGAUCAAUGAGAUCCGCCAGGCGUCAGGGGCUCAGAUUAAGAUAGGUAGCCAGCUGGACAGCACCAGUGAUAGAGCCGUCACCAUCACAGGGACCCCCAUCUCUAUCAACCUGGCCCAAUACCUCAUCACCUCCUGUUUAGAGACCGCCAAAUCCACCGCCCAGUCUUCCUCCAUGUCGACCUCUGCUGACCUCACCAUGGCCUACACCCAACCCCCCUCCCCCGCCUCCUCCUCAGCCGCUGCUGCUGCCACCCUGGCUGCCAUGGGGUGCCCCGGCAUGUCCCACCCCCACCCCCACGCUGCAGUCCCCAUGAUGGGCAACCCCUACGGGGCCCUCCCCCUCUCCAGCCUCCUCGGAAUGCAAUCCAUGAAAUCCCUCCAAUCAAUGCCCUACCUGGCUUUAUCCAACCCUGCCGCCAAUGCAGCCGCCGCUCAGGCUCAGGUCCAGGCCCAGGCCCAGGCUCAGGCCCAGGCCCAGGCUCAGGCCCAGAUCUAUACGGCGAAGAUUUCUUCUGCCAAUGGGAUCGGGAAGAAACCAGAGAGACAGAAGUUUGCGCCAUACUGAUGACAUCUGUCUCCAUCCCUCCAGCUCUCACCUCCUCCGUCUACGAGACAAGAAAGAAAAGGGGGAAAGAAUGGAGGGAAGGAAAUAGCAGUUUUUUUUUCGUUGUUCUCCUCCAUUCUCUUUCUUCUUGCCUGAUGAUGUGGUUGUAGAUGGACAUUUUCGAUUGAUUACGUUUUGUAGGCUUUUUUUUUGUCCCUUAUAUAGUCAACCACUAGGAGGAACGUUUUAAUUGGCUCGUUUAGAUAGCUAUAUUUAUGUUGUCUUAGGUCUUGGAAACCUAUCAAGCCAUAGCCUGUGUCCCAAAUGACAACCUAACUCCUUUUACAGGUGCACUACUGUAGUCCAGAGCACAUAAGGCUCAGGUUGAAAGUAGUGCGCUAUAUAGGGAAUAGGGUGGCAUUUGAGAUGCACACAUAGACUAUUCCUAACUUCCAUUUUUAUCUUCUUCUAACCUUCCAUUCGUUCUACUGUACUGCUGUGAUUGAUUAUUGAUAAUAAUGAAAUAUUCCCACUAAGAGUUUAUAAAUUAAAAAAACUGGUGAGUGAUGCUCAACUGUACGUGCGUAUGAGCUUUUUAUACAGUACAUGAUGUCUGUUUCGGUUACUUCCUGUAUUCAACUCCUUGAUUUUUUUUGAAGGACGAUGUAAAAAAAAAAAAAAAAAAUUAAAAGUUUUAAAAAAUGACUAGACAAAAAAAAAAAUCUAACCACUCGUUUGCAUUAAGUUUUUUUUGUGAGUUUUUGGUCAUAUUUUUAUUUGAAAUGUGUUGUUUAAUUUAUUUUAUUUAUUAUGCCGAGUAUUACUUUUAAGAUACAUUUUUUUAUUUUGA